UUGAACCGUUUUGCCACUCCGGCGCGAUGCACGGAAUACAAAGCAGCACCUCGAAUUAGGUCGUGCCGU